AGCUUUAUGGCCUUGUUGAAGAUCUCCAAUUCACCGUAUAUAUAGUCAUGAUAUCAUUCCCCAUGGAAGAGAAGGAAGGUCAAGAAGGACACUAGCACCUAGGUACGACCUCCUGAACCUGAGGCAAGGGUAUGUCACGUGCCUUAGCCAAAGGCGACUGCCUUAUCCACCUCAUCAUCCCGACCCGAGAUUCGUACAUCACAACUACUACGCAAAGAACAACACCCAAGAACCAUCAACAACAUGCCACCACGUUUCGCGCAGUUUAAGUUGGUGUUGCUGGGGGAAUCUGCCGUUGGAAAGAGCUCCCUCGUACUCCGCUUCGUCAAAGACCAAUUCGAUGACUUCAGAGAAUCUACUAUCGGUGCUGCAUUCCUUACACAAACCAUCUCCCUCGACGACCAGACAACUGUGAAAUUCGAGAUCUGGGACACGGCUGGCCAGGAGAGGUACAAGUCACUUGCGCCUAUGUACUAUCGAAAUGCCAACUGCGCUGUAGUGGUCUAUGAUAUCACACAAGCUUCUUCGUUGGACAAGGCAAAGCAAUGGGUCAAGGAACUUCAACGGCAGGCAAACGAAAACAUUAUCAUUGCUCUUGCUGGCAAUAAGCUCGAUUUAGUCACUGCUCAACCAGACAAGCGUGCUAUCAGUACCGCAGAUGCCGAGGCUUACGCUCGAGAAGCCGGGCUGCUCUUCUUCGAAACAUCUGCCAAGACAUCAGAGAACGUUAGAGAGUUAUUCACUUCGAUUGCGAAGAAGUUACCUUUAGACCAAGCCGGUCCGAGAAAUCCAAGAUCUGGUGGUCGCGGAGGUGUGGAGCUCAGACCCGAGACACCAAGUCAGAACAAUGGUCCUUGUGCUUGUUAAAGAAACAUAUUUGAGCUACGGAGUGGGUAGACAUUGAAACAACCGCAUAUUUCCUUCCUUGAAUUUCACGGCCCUGAGAUUCAGUCUUCCCCAACCACAAUCAUCAUCCCAUUCGAGCGAGAUUGCUAUAGCGCGGCCGGGGCCAGCAUAGAUGCAGUCAUCCGGACUAUUUACGAGAGAGGCCUUUAAUACCUUCAUGUGUCCUAGUUUUCGUGGUAGGGUUGGUUCAGCAGGGUUUCCUGCACGGCGCGAGGGUCUUCCUAUUAGUCGUUCUGCAGCAUUUGGGUGUAAAGUAUGCAAGCACUAGAACAAUCAACGAUUUCCACAAACUGCAGAGAGUUUGAUGUGAUUAUGCUUCUUGAAAUUCCUCAAAUAACUUAACGACGCUGUGUAGAUUAUGAAAUUUUCAGUAUCGUAAAAGACUGGAAUAUAUGAGCAGGUCAAAUCUCGAGAGCGAACUAAGGUCGUAAGGAUAUAGUGGUAGAUAGCGGUG